AUGGGGUCUCGCGAUGAUGAGUACGACUAUUUGUUUAAAGUGGUACUUAUUGGGGACUCUGGUGUCGGGAAAUCAAAUCUCCUUUCACGGUUUACUCGCAAUGAAUUUAACUUGGAAUCAAAGUCUACUAUCGGAGUAGAAUUCGCCACUAGAAGCAUCCAGGUUGAGGGCAAAACUGUCAAAGCACAGAUAUGGGACACAGCUGGGCAGGAGCGUUAUCGCGCUAUUACUUCAGCAUAUUACAGGGGUGCUGUGGGUGCACUUCUAGUUUACGACAUUGCGAAACAUGUUACAUAUGAGGAUGUUGAAAGAUGGCUAAAGGAACUACGUGAUCAUGCCGAUCAGAACAUCGUUAUUAUGCUAGUUGGAAAUAAAAGUGAUUUGCGUCAUCUUCGGGCAGUACCUACUGAUGAGGCAAAAGCAUACGCAGAAAAAAACCAAUUAUCUUUCAUUGAAACUUCUGCCCUAGAUAGUACGAAUGUUGAGACCGCUUUCACAAAUAUACUUACUGAGAUAUACCGAUCGGUAUCAGUUAAGCAUGUCGGUGGCGACAGUAGAAACCCGAUGUCGCCUGCAGGAUCUAAUGGUAUUGUUAUUUCGCCAACUACGGAACCGCAAACGAAGAGACCAUGUUGUAAUUCUCUGUGA